GGUCGCUAACGUGGCAAAAGAGGCAAGAGACGUGAUAGCUGGCGCAGAUUUGGCGAAAUGUGAACUCGUUAGUUGUGUGACUGAUCAAAAUGUAGCUGAGAACCAGAGUACAGACUCGUCUGAUAAAUGUAGCAAGAUACCGGAACACUUGAAAACUUUAUAUCGGAAUAGUGUUAAAGACUUAACGACAGAAUAUCAGAAGACCAAAGUAUACAACUUGCUAUGUGAUAACGCUGAUUUAUUUUCUAAGGGAUCCAACGAUAUAGGGCGAACAGACUUAGUAAAGCAUAAGAUUAACACAGGCAAUGCAAAACCAAUCAAACAGGCUCCACGACGACUUCCUUUUGCGAAGCGAGAAGCCGCGGAUCAAGCUGUUGCCGAGAUGCAAGAACACGACGUCAUAGAACCUUCUACAAGCCCGUGGUCGUCACCCGUAGUCCUAGUGCAAAAGAAAGAUGGAAGUCUUCGUUUUUGUGUCGAUUACCGGAAGUUAAAUAACGUCACUCUUAAAGACUCUUAUCCUUUACCCCGAAUCGAUGAUACGUUGGAUGCACUUGGUGGGUCCCAGUGGGUUUCAACCCUAGAUCUAAAAUCCGGGUACUGGCAAGUUGAAUUGGACUGAAACGACAAAGAGAAAACAGCCUUCAGCGUGGGUGGUGGCUUGUGGCAAUUUCGAGUUAUGCCCUUCGGAUUAUGUAACGCUCCUGCGACUUUCGAACGGUUAAUGGACCACGUCCUAGCUGGUUUACCAUGGUCGGUCUGCUUGGUAUAUCUUGAUGAUAUAAUUGUACACGGCAGAACGUUUGAAACCGAAUUGGAAAGUCUACAGCAGGUUUUCACGUGUAUUCGAAACGCCAAACUGAAACUUUCGCCGGUCAAGUGUAGUUUGUUCUGCCGCAGAGUUAAGUAUCUCGGACAUGUUGUGAGCCAUGAAGGCAUUGCUGCCGAUCCGACAAAGAUACAGGUUAUAAAGUCCUGGCCCCGGCCCCGGUGCCUUUCCGAGUUAAGAAGUUUCCUAGGCUUGUGUUCAUAUUACCGUAAAUUUAUCGCAGACUAUGCCCAUAUUUCCCACCCAUUGCAGCGCCUAACCGAGAAAAACGCACCGUUUCAUUGGGAUUCAGCAGCGGAAACGUCUUAUCAAGCACUGAAACUUGCCCUGGUAACUCCACCAGUAUUAGCAUUUCCAACCGAAGACGGGAUAUUUGUACUAGACACUGAUGUGAGUGGAAAAGCCAUUGGUGCAGUUCUGUCACAGAACCAGGGAAAUGGGGAAAAAGUUAUUGCGUAUUUCAGUCGUUCUUUGGACCGAAGUCAGCGCCAGUAUUGUGUUACUAGAAGAGAGCUGUUAGCCGUUGUUUAAGCUUUGGAACACUUCCAUCCAUAUCUAUACGGACAAGAGUUUGCUCUUAGGACAGAUCACUCAUCACUUCGUUGGCUAGUAAGCUUCAAGUUUCCCGAAGGUCAACUGGCAAGAUGGCUUCAGAAAAUUCAGCAAUAUGAUUUUCAUGUUGAACAUCGACCCGGUAAGGAACAUUUAAAUGCUGAUGCACUAUCUCGACGCCCAUGCCUGCGGAAUUCGUGCCGGAAUUGUGACCGAAUGGAGUCGAAAGAACAAGUUUCUAACGAAAAGGAGCGGUGUCCAACUCACGAGGAGACGUUAGAACAGAUAAAUGUCGUAAGAAGGUGUAGCGAAGGAACACCAGAAAAUGAUUUGGACUAUGAAAAUAUCCUAGAAAGCGCCUCUUUACAAGAUAUUGCCGAAGCUCAGCGGAAAGACGCGGAUAUUGGUCCAGUUAUUAAGUGGAUGCGGGAAGAUUCUCGUCCAGGUUGGUCAGUAGUAUCCCCUAGAAGUAAGGUGACAAAGACAUACUGGGCGCAGUGGGACAGUCUAUGUCUUAAGAAUAACGUACUUUAUCGGAAGUGGGAAUCUUCUGAUGGGACAGAUAUAAGGCUUCAACUGGUCGUACCAAAUUCUUUGAAGCAACCGAUCUUGACCCAACUUCAUAAUCAUGUUACAGCUGGUCACUUCGGCGUCACCAAGACAGUAGAGCGGAUCAGACAGAAAUUUUACUGGGUAAAUUGUCGUUCUGAUGUACAGUUGUGGUGUGGACGAUGUUCGCUUUGUUCUUCGAGAAAGGGACCUACUCCACAACGAAAGGCACCCCUUGGAAAGUACCUUGUCGGCACUCCCAUGGAGAGAAUUGCCGUGGACGUAAUGGGUCCACUUCCCCUAUCUGAAGGAGGAAAUCGAUAUAUUCUAGUAGCAAUGGUAAUAUUACUUCACGAAAUGGGCUGA